AUGCAGCGUCACGACGGUCAAGAGUACAUCCCCGGCGUAUUCGCCAACACGGCACCGCAUCCAUCCCAAGUCAUCUCCCUGAUCCGCUUCUCCCAAGAGAACACCACGUGGAACCUGCCCACCAUGAUCGCACAGACUCUCCUCGUCGCCGAGAUCAUCCGCACCUACCCGGCCGAGUUUCGAAUGGUGUCGCGACUAGUGCAGCGCAAGCAUCCGAACAUGGCCGAGGUGUUCUUCAUCCUGAUCAAGUACCUCUGCCUGAUUGCGGUGGUGUUGGAUAUACUUGUGACGGAGACGUUUGCGGCUAGGAGCGAUGCGGAUUGCAGCGGGUGGGCGUGGACGAGUUCGACGCUGUACUUUGCGUGUUCGACGUUGGUUUUCGCGGUGGUUAGUUGGAGAGCGAGGAUCAUCUUUCGCACCAGCAACAUUGCUUCUUGGGUGCUUGGGGUGGGGUUGUCGGUUCAGUUCGCCAUCGCCAUGUGGACGAACUACCGGGUGGACAAGGCGGACGCUUUGACUCCCGCUGGCACAUGUGCUCCUUCCAGCCAAGUUCACUCCACCCCUUCGUCAAGCAACCCCGCUCUCCACCUGCACUUCUGGCAGAGUUCGACGUACUGGUUUCUGCUGUACAACACCGUGUUCGAAUCAUUGAUCAUGAUGGCUUGCUGUUGGAAGCUCAAGAAUACGUCGAGCGGUCCCAACGGCGUCGGUCUGACUAGGAUCGCCAAUGUGCUGUUCGACAAUAACGUCCACUACAUGGCCGGCGUCGAAACCUGCAACGUCAUCGAAGCCAUCAUGCUCAUGGGUUGGCCUACGAGCUUACCACCCGUGCACAUGACUUCGAUCGCCAUCCAGAUCGUCAUGGGACUGCAGAUGCUGAUCGGAGAACAGGAAGCCGUCUACAGCCCCACCUGCUCCCAAAUGACGUUCUCCGCUUACUCCACUUCCACCAGCAACGGUUACGUCAACAAGCAUCAUACGGCUAGCGAUGACAGUAGCAACAUUACGCACAGCUUGCCUGGAAGAGCGCUGUCGUACGUCAAGAGACCAGGUACCGCUAACACGGCUACUGAUGGUGGAUUUGGCGGGGAGAGCAGAGUCGUCGGUGCGGGAGGAAAGCAUGGCAGGAAGGGGACGUUUUCUUCGAUCAGCUCAAUCCCUGCGUACGUCAAGAGUGGAAUUGGUGGUGCGACGGAUGAGGAUGUUGCGCCUCAAGUUCCGGCGAAAGGUCCGAUCCCGUUCAGGCAGGAUGUGCAGGUGACGGUGGACGCGUCGCCUGUUCAUCCUUCGGCUGGUGGUGCCGCGCCCCCGCCGGUUCCUGCUCCUUACAUGUGA